AUCAACAAGAUGACCAGAUUUGAAAACAGCAAACGAAAAUGUUAAAUUUCUUUGUACGAACUCUAAGAUUUUUUUAUUAUUUAUAAUGCAUAUGGUUUUAGAGAUUGCUUGAUUUAGUUUCUGAUCAGCUGUUUGAUAAAAAAUGUAAAUAGAAGAUGGGCAUCAAGACAUCUUAAUGAUGGGAGAGCCCCCUGAUAAACCCUCUCCCCCAGUUGUUGGUAAAGUUGCUCAUGAUAUCGUUGAAUUACACUGGGACCAAGAUGUUACUAUUGAAAGUGAAAAUAGUCAGGGAGGAAGACGACGAUACUGCAUCCAGGAACAAGAGGAAAGACAACGCAAGGAAUUUGGAAAUGUGUACAAUGGUUUCUCAAGAAGCCAUGUUUUCAGAGGACUAGAACCAAAUAACACCUAUCAAUAUCGUGUGCGUGUGUCCAAUGAUUUUGGGGACAGUCCCUGGAGCUCUGUUAUAACUGUAACUACAACAAAAGUACCAUUAAUAGGUAGAGACAUCCACAGGGCUAUUCUCAAUUGGGAAAUUGAUAAGCUUGAAGCUUUCUUAAAUGAAAGUGAGGAUUCCCUCGUCAAUGUUGUUGAUGAUCUUGGGAUGUCGCCUCUUAUGAUUGCAUCACAGAAAGGGUAUUCCAGUAUUGUAGAGACUUUGGUGGAGCAUGGUGCACAAGUGAAUUAUAGCAAUGCUAGUGGAAAGACAAGUAUGAUGUUAGCCUGUUUUGGAGGUCAUCUAUCUGUAGCAUCCUACCUCAAGGACCAUGGAGCUCUUCUAGACCCAAAAGACCAUGGAGGUUCAAAUGCUUUACACUGGGCAAUUGAUGGUGACAAGGAAGAUAUUGUGAAAUGGAUUCUGGAAUGUGGGGCUAAUGUUGAUGAACUGGAUGAUUCAAGUUGGUCACCCCUCAUGAGACUUGCUAAUCUUGGAGGAUCAGCAGCAGUUGCCAAGGUACUUAUUGAAGGAGGAGCCCAAAUAGACAGACCAGACAAGACGGGCACCACACCCCUGAUGGCAGCAGCUGUCAAUGGUAACAUAGAAGUAUGUAAACUGUUGGUGGAAAAGGGAGCAGGUUUGACCUUAACCAACAAGUACGGACGGACACCUCUUGAGUUUGCAGAAUCCUUUGACAGAAAGGAUGUCGUCCAGUUUUUGAAAAAUACAUUAGAAGGAAAACUGCCGACUACUGAAGACUGACCCUUUGCUUCAAAGGCUCAGCACCAGCGCCAACAAGACGUUUUGUCUGAUGAAGGGUGAAGGGUCACUAUUUGUACAAAAUGAAAAUUCAAGGUUGUUAUUAAGAUUUCCGUGCAUCGUUGCAUUUCGGAUAUAUUAAAAGAAAAUAUUAUUUACUA